UGGCACUAUCGAUAGUAUCGAUAGUUUACAAUUUGACACCACUAUCGAUAGUUGUAAAUACUAUCGAAUGGUGACAUUCCUAUUUAUCUAGAAAAUUCAAUUCAAGGAAUUGGCGCUGGGAAUUGGCUUGUGGUUAUAAGAUGUUGGCCGUUGGCUCGAAAAUGGAAAAUUCGGAAGCUUCGCAAGCUUGUAACACGGAGAACAGUCCCGAAGCAGAAAUUUUGUCCAGCGGCGAUGAUUCCACCACAGUUAAAAGGCGCAAGAUAGGCGGCUCCGAAGUAUGGAAAUAUUUUACGCAUUCGAAGGGGAAAAAAUUUGCAAAAUGUCGGUCAUGUGGCAAAGAAUAUAGGACAAGUGGAAACACGUCGAAUAUGUUUGACCACUUAAAGCGUGCCCAUCCCAACCUAAGAGGAAAACCAAGUUGUUCAAAAAAAAUUAACCAAUAUUUCACCAGAGACGCAAAAUAUGAUAACAAUUCUGAACAUAAGAAAAAUAUUGAUGACGCUUUGAUAUGGAUGAUUGCUGCGGACAUUCAACCUUUCCGCAUUGUAGAAGAUUCCGGAUUUCGUAAGUUUGUCGAGUGCCUAGAUCCUCGUUACGUUUUACCAAGCAGAACCUCUUUGCAAAACGUACUAUUGAAAAAUACAUACAACGACGUUAAAAAAAAGUUGCAAGUUAUUUUAAAUGGCACGCAAUAUUGUGCAAUCACAACGGAUUGUUGGACGUCGAGGGCCAACGAAAACUAUUUGACGGUCACUUGCCACUUUAUAUCAGACAAUUGUAAGUUGCAAGUAGCAGUGCUGUCUACAAACAAAUUAUUGUCAGGAACAAAUCAUUCGGCAGAAAAUAUUUCGGAUACGUUGCGCAGUGUUUUGUCGGAAUGGUCUAUUCUCCACAAAGUUACUUCAUUAGUGACCGAUAAUGCUGCAUCUAUGUUGAAAGCUUGCGAGAUAUUGCAGAAAAGAAACAUUCCAUGCUUUGCCCAUACCAUUAAUUUAAUUGUACAAGACGCUUUGGGUAAGGGAUACAUAAAAGGCGUGUUGGUGAAGUGUAAGCAUAUCGUAUCGUGUCGUACUUUAAAAGUAGUACAAUUGCAUACGAGAAAUUCAAAGCUGCACAAUGCACUCCAAAACCAUACAGUUUAAUACAAGAAGUUCCGACGAGAUGGAAUAGUGUCUCAUGAUAAAAAGGAUUUUAUUAACGAGAGAUUCAAUCUCCAACGCCUGCUACGCCAAAAGCUCCACCAACACUUACUGCCGACGAAGUGGAAAUAUUAGAAGACCUGUGCGCACUAUUUUCUUUGUUUCAUGAUGCCACGGUUCAGGCUUCGGCAAACAAUUCCGUAAGUAUUUCAUUGAUAAUUCCACUUUCACAUGGUCUGUACCAAAGCUUAAAUGAGCUUAAAAUGAAGAUGAAAACGGCUGAAGGUUUAAAUACUUGCAAUUACUUGAUCGAACGACUAAGCAUUAGGCUAUUUCAUUAUGAAAAUCGAACCGUAACUAGGAUAGGGACGAUUUAAGAUGCAAGAUUUAAAAAGGAGGGGUUUAGGUCUUACUCCAAUGCUGAUCAAGCAUCAAAGCUUUUAGAAGAUGAAAUAGUUACCUUACUGAGAGAUUCGUCAACAAAUGCAGAUAUGUCAAAACCGUCAACAUCAUCGAGUAUGCCACACCAACAAUCACUUUUAAAAUUUCUUAACAAAAAAAUCGAAGAAAAAGUCAAAUCAAGCAGAGCAGAUGCUAUUAUAACUGUGCGACAGUACCUUGAAAGACCAAACGCACCACAGGACAGCGAUCCCUUGGAAUAUUG